UGAUGUGUUUUUGUUGACAAAUGUAUGAUAUAUUGUAUGCAUUGUUGUUGUUGUCAUUUGUUGUCAUUUGUUGUCAUUUGUUGUCAUUUGUUGUCAUUUGUUGUCAUUUGUUGUCAUUUGUUGUCAUCUUUGGUCUAAAGGAUGGAGUUGUCUGACAUGUGGUACAAUCAGAUGGAGUACAUUGAGACGGCUUCGGGCAAUAAGGUGUGCCGUCGGUCAGUACUGUGCGGCAGUCAAAACAUUAUGUUAAUGGGAAAGACUAUCAUUCAGUGUGAAUGUAUAAUACGCGGCGAUUUGGCUAAUGUUAAGAUCGGUAGACAUUGUAUUGUAUGCACCGGUGCUGUCAUUAGACCGCCAUUCAAGAAGUUUACCAAAGGUGUGGCAUUUCUUCCGAUGACUAUCGGCGACAACGUAUACAUAGGAGAGGACACGAUUGUCAACGCGGCGUCUAUCGGCUCAUAUGUAUAUAUCGGCAAAAAUUGUGUUAUUGGCAGACACUGUGUAUUGAAGGACUGUUGUCUUAUAGCUGACAAUACAGUGCUGCCUCAGGGGACAGUUGUUCCCGCUUUUGCUAUAUAUAGCGGUUCUCCCGGUUUGUUCACUUCAGAACUACCCGAAUGCACUCAAGAUGUUAUGAUAGACUUCACUAAAAGUUAUUAUCAACACUUCAAACCAAAAGCCAAUUAGAUUUUGUAUUUAUAUUAUAUUUAUUAAAAUU